AUGUUUUCGCUGUUUUUGCUUAACUGGCAUAAUGAUUUGGUGCUAUCUAGAGAACAAAAAAAAAAAGCAAUUAAGAAAUUACUGAAAAUAGUCUUUAUAGAUGACUGUGAGGAAGUGCGCUCACUGAAUCGCGAACGAGUUUUGAAAUUUCUAACACAUGAGUGUCUUGCCACAGUUGUUCCGUAUUUGGAACAUAUCAUCUACAAGUGGAAUGAGGAUGCACCUAAAUUUCACGAAGCCUUGGGUGAGCACUAUAUUGCGAAGGUGAAGCAAUUACUGAGGGAUUAUAUCAAUGUCCUGAGAGAAGCUCUUUAUGAAGAAAGGGCUUUGUUACUUGGACGAAUGAAAAGGCAUCAGCAAGCUUUGGCUAUCUAUACUCAGAUUUUGAAGAACUAUAAACUUGCAGAGAAGUACUGUACCAAUUACUUCGACCCUCAAGAUCCAGAACAUUCGAAGGUGUUUUUAAUUCUUUUACAAAUGUACACCAGUCCACCAGACAUCUCCAUUGUUGGAUUAAUGCAAAACGAGCUUUACCAAGCGGCUCCAAAUCCGGCGGAGGCUAUUAGGAUAUUGAAGGAACAUAGCGAUGUCUUUGAUACAGUGGAGGCAGUCGCAUCACUGCCUUUGGAUUACACGCUGAAAUGCGUAUGGCCUGGCGUUGCCACCAUUCUGCAGGCAAUACAUGACAGAAAAGUCGCUACAAUGCUGCAUAGAUGCGCUUGCGACGCAGCACUGAAACGACUUCUGUGGCGUCGAGCCAAAUCGCAUUCCGUGAAAUUUGUCGUGGAUUACACGAGCGAAUGUGCUGCAUGUGGCAAAAGAGUUGCCAACAGAUCCGCACUGAGAACUGUUGUUCCGUUUGCUAUGUUGGAUGACUGGCUUUAUUGA